AUGGCUGCUGACAUAGCUUGUAGCCCACGAUUCGUUAGGCCAGCUGAUAUUGGGAGAGAUGUGCCAUUCAACGAGACAUUCCUCAGUAAAUAUUGCAGUUCUUCAUGUUCCUCAUCGCUCAACACCUAUAUCGCAAAUGUCAACACGCGGUGUGGAUCUACCAUCUACGAUUUUGGAACUGGAAUUCAAGAAUCUGCAGGGUCUUUGGUCGCGCCUAUCAAAUGGGCACGCGAUGUCGCAUGUAGUACUGGAACUUCCGCGAACGAUUUCUGCUACCCUAAGAUCGUCAAUCGAGAAGUCGGUUUCUGCGACGAUUGUACUUUGAAGUACCUUGCUGGCUUGUUGAACUCAGACAGCGAUGUUGGCAAAAUUGACACCGAAGGCUUUACCUCAAUCCUGUCAUCGUGUCAAGUGUCAUCAACAAAGUUUCCAGUCACCAAGACAGCUCAGCCAAGCACUGCACAACCGACAAGUACCAGCGAAGCUAGUAAUUCUUGCUGGGGAGGCGAGAGAUACACUGUCAAGCAGGGUGACACUUGCGAGUCCGUGGCAGCAGCAAAUGGUCUGGCGAUCGAUAGAUUCCUGUACUUGAACGGGAUUGACUUCCAUUGCAAUGCGUUUGGCAUUGGCAGAACGGUGUGCAUAAGGGACGCUUGCAAACUCCACACCAUAAAGCCACAAGAAUCCUGCAAGGAUAUCAUCGAUAACUACGGAUUUACAAAGCUUGAGCUCGUGCAGUGGAACCCAACCUUACAAACUGGCUGCAGCAAUACGACCGCAUUGGCUGGCCGUUCGAUCUGUGUCACGCCUCCUGGCACAGAUAAAUAUGACUUCACCGCGACAGCGUCUUGGAACGAUACGUGGACUUGGCCGGCUGGCAGUUGGGUACCAGGACCUACACAGGGUACUCCCUUGACCAAUCAACCAACCACGUGGGACGUACCGACAACGACAGCGAAGUGGACAGCAAGCGUGGACCCAACACUUGCAGCUUACUAUAAGAACUGCCCAAUCACGGAGCAACAUUGGGAUGCCGGUUUUGAUUGGAGUUUGCUCAGCAACGUGUGUUCGUUGCUACUCGAGAGGUAUUGCGAGCCUGAGACGACUGGAGAUCCACUACCUAGCACAACCUUCCCAAGCACUUGCUUUCCACCGUACCCUACUAAUGCUGACUGA